GCUUUGUGGUGGUUUUGGGGUCCCCUCUGGUGGCUUUGGGGAGUUUUGGGGUCCCCUAUGGUGUCAAUGGGGGAGUUUGAGUUCCCCUCUGGUCGCUUUGGAGGGGUUUUGGGGUCCCCUCUGGUGUCAAUGGGAGGUGUUGGGGUCCCCUGUGGUGGCUUUGUGGAGGUUUUGGGGUCCCCUGUGGUGGCUUUGGGGAGGUUUUGGGGUCCCUUAUGGUGUCAAUGGGAGGUGUUGGGGUCCCCUGUGGUGGCUUUGGAGAGUUUGGGGUCCCCUCUGGUGUCAAUGGGAGGUUUUGGGGUCCCCUCUGGUGUCUUUGGGGAGUUUUGGGGUCCCCUAUGGUGUCAAUGGGAGGUGUUGGGGUCCCCUGUGGUGGCUUUGGGGAGGUUUUGGGGUCCCCUAUGGUGUCAAUGGGAGGUUUUGGGUCCCCUGUGGUGGCUUUGGGGAGGUUUUGGGGUCCCCUCUGGUGUCAAUAUGGGUUUUAGGGUCCCCUCUGGUGGCUUUGGAGGGGUUUCGGGGUCCCCUCUGGUGUCAAUGGGGGGUUUUAGGGUCCCCUAUGGAGGUUUUGGGGUCCCCUCUGGUGUCAAUAUGGGUUUUAGGGUCCCCUGUGGUGGCUUUGGGGAGGUUUUGGGGUCCCUUAUGGUGUCAAUGGGAGGUUUUGGGGUCCCCUCUGGUGUCUUUGGGGAGUUUUGGGGUCCCCUAUGGUGUCAAUGGGGGAGUUUGAGUUCCCCUCUGGUGGCUUUGGAGGGGUUUUGGGGUCCCCUCUGGUGUCAAUGGGAGGUUUUGGGGUCCCCUGUGGUGUCUUUGGGGAGGUUUUGGGGUCCCUUAUGGUGUCAAUGGGAGGUUUUGAGGUCCCCUGUGGUGUCUUUGGGGAGUUUUGGGGUCCCCUAUGGUGUCAAUGGGUGGUUUUGGGGUCCCCUCUGGUGUGUUUGGGGGGUUUUAGGGUCCCCUGUGGGGGUUUUGGGGACCCCUAUGGUGUCAAGGGGGGAUUUUGAGUUCCCCUCUGCAAGAGUGCUCGGACCGGCUGAAAGCCGGAACUGGGAGGGACUGGGAGGAACUGGGAGGAACUGGGAGGAACUGGGAGGAACUGGGGCGGCAGUCGGGACCAGGAGAGCCCUGAGGGCACCCGAGAACCCCCCCAGGACACAAAGGGGACCCCGAGAGGACCCCGAGAGGACCCUGAGAACCUCAGGAGAACUUCAAGAACCUCAGGAGAACCCCAAGAGAUACUCAAGGGGACCUCGAGGACCUCAGGAGGACCCCAAGAACCUCAGGAGAACCCCAAAAGACCCUCAAGUGGACUUCGAGGACCUCAGGAGGACCCCGAGAACCUCAGGAGAACCCCAAGAGGUCCUCAAGGGGACCCCGAGAACCUCAGGGGAACCCCAAGAGGUCCUCAAGGGGACCUCAAGGACCCCAGAAGAACCCCAAGAACCUCAGGAGGACCCCAAGAGGUCCAGAAGAACCUCAAGGGAACGUCGAGGACCUCAGGAGAACCUCAAGAGGUCCUCAAAGGGACCUCGAGGACCUCAGGAGAACUCCAAGAGAUCCAAAAGAACCUCAAGGGGACCUCGAGGACCUCAGGAGAACCCCAAGAGAUCCUCCAGGGGACCUCGAGAACUUCAGGAGAACCCCAAAAGAUCCUCAAGGGGACCCCGAGAACCUCAGGAGAACCCCAAGAGAUCCUCAAGGGGACCCCAAGGACCUCAGGAGAACUUCAAGAGGUCCUCAAGGGGACCCCAAGGACCUCAGGAGAACUUCAAGAACCUCAGGAGAACCUCAAGAGAUCCUCAAGGGGACCUCGAGGACCUCAGGAGAACCCCAAGAGGUCCUCAAGGGGACCCCGAGGACCUCAGGAGAACUUCAAGAACCUCGGGAGAACUCCAAGAGAUCCAAAAGAACCUCAAGGGGACCUCGAGAACCUCAGGAGAACCCCAAGAGAUCCUCAAGGGGACCCCAAGAACCUCAGGAGAACCCAGAUCCUCAAGGGGACCCCGAGAACCUGAGGAGAACCCAAGAGAUCCAGAAGAACCUCAAGUGGACCUCGAGACCCUC